UCUUGUGUUUCUAUCUCAAACCCAAAUCACAAAAAUGGCUGACCAUCAAGGUGGUUCCACUAACCGUCUUUUUGGCGGCGUUCAACACCGUGCCCCAAAUCCGACCCAGCUCGUUGGAUUUCUCACCCUUAUCGUCUCGGGUGGCAUCCUCCUCAUGCUAUCCGGCCUGACCAUCACCGGACUUGUUAUGGGUUUGAUUGCUUUCGCACCCGUCAUUCUUGUUACUGGUCCUCUUUGGUUUCCCGCUGCGGUUGUGCUCUUUAUUGCUGCUGCUGUGGUACUGUCCACUUGCGGGGUUGGUGUUGCCGUUCUGGCUGCUGUGACUUGGUUGUACAGGUACUUUACUGGCAAACAUCCUUGGGGUACUGACCGCCUUGAUUAUGCGCGUAGCCGCAUUGCCGAUACUGCAACCCAUGUCAAGGAUUAUGCUAGGGAAUAUGGUGGUUAUCUGCAGAGCCGUGUUAAGGAUGCCGCACCUGGGGCUUAAUUAAUCCUUUUCCCCAUUUCUUCUUUUAUUAUGUCUUUACGAUGAGUUAGCAUUAUCAUGUGUUGUGUGCCUUUUACGCUCGUUCGAACCUUUUUUUUUUCCCUGAUGUUGGAUAGUUUUACUAUAUCCAUUAGUUGUUAGGCUAUGUUCAAGAGUGUAAAUUCUGUGGCCAAUUUUAUGGCACUCCUUUAAAUGUUUAUG